CUAUCAUUCAGGUCACACGAAUUACAAUUAUAGUGAAGCACGGUUUUUAUUGGCAUCGACUAUUUAAAUUUGGCGCUUGCCUUUGGCGGUUGGGGACUCCAAUGGCAAUAAGGGUGGUUUUGCAAAAUCAGCCUCUAUGUCGCUUCUCUAUGUUCUCUGGCAGUAGUGACUAAUGUUUCACGUGGUUGCACAACUUAACUUGGCAUUUAUGAAGUUAACAAUCAAUGUCGUCUUAACAUUAUCCGAGAUUUGUCACAAUUCGCGCAUGUACCGGCAACACCAUUGAGUGUAGGCCGGGAGGUGUAAACACCUUUAGUACACCUUCACUUUUCAUUAUUUCAUUUCCGUCAUUUGUUGUGGAAUGAAAUAAUGGCCACCGUUGCUGAUCACUUCUUAAAUAAAUUUCAAACUAUAGAAGGAACAACUAUUGCAGUCAGGAAGAAAAAUUUUUUCAAGCUAUUGCAGGAGAUUGCACCGCUGGUGAAGGACAACGUAGAAGCACUGGAUGCCAUUACGUUAAAUUUAAAUCCCCGAACUUACCUAGAAAGUUUAUUCAGAGUCGAUUUUCUAAUUUACUUUCGAAGAUCACAAGAAUUGCUGGAUUUAUUGAAAGAGGGAAACAAUGUUUUCGUCAGUAAAGUAGCGAAGCAAGUUUGGUUUUUUGAAGAAGUACUUGGAGACGUUCCAGCAAACCAACUAGUAAACGAAAUUUUACCGUGCAUGUCUUUUUCGGUUCGUAUGAAAGUGCUGAGGAAGUUGAGUAGAUUUUCACAGAGUGAGAAGUUCGAUGAAAUUUUUGAUGCUCUUGUUACUCGAUACGGAAUUUAUUUAGCAUCACAGUUUAUUACUGGGUGUGGUCCUUAUAAAAUAAGACAAAUUUUCACAGAUUAUCCAGUUAAAUUGACAAUAAAACAGUUGAAAAUUUUGUAUUCAAAGGAUCCGCAGCUCAUAGACUUUUACUUUACCGCUACCAAUACUUCUGUUUAUAGGUGUGAAUAUUCAAAACUGAGAAAGUUUAUUUAUGAUCGUACCUGGUUUGAAAAUCUAAAUGAUAGGGAUGAAAUAUGUAUACAGCUUGGUCGAAGAGCUACAAAAAAGUUUGUAAUGCUUAAAAAAGAUGAAAUAAUCAAGAAUCCCUAUCAGUUUAAUUAUUUAGAUAUGAGAACCGUUUUAAGAAAAAUUGGUAGAGAUUCUGUGCAACUCUUUAGAAAUGCUCUGCCGGAGCAAAUCCCAAAAUACCUCAUUAAUAGCGAUUGGCUGUUUCGCAGUUUCCCUAAAAAGUACCAUUAUAGUUUGUUUAUAAAAACCUUUCAAGAUCACUAUAAGAUAAAAUUAGCUGAUCAUCCUGCCGUAAUUAGUGAGCAACUGUUAAUAAUCAUACCUGACAACAUAGAACGGGCAGCUUUAGCAAAAGUUCUAGUAGACACAGGCGAUAAUGAGUACCUUAAAUACUUACCUAUUGAAGACUCUGUUCGAUUAAUCAAAGAAAUCAUUAAUGUAACGUCGGAUGCUAAAGAAAGAGGUAAAUUAAUAAAAUGCUUAACUGAAACGUGUCAUAUUAAUAACAACAUGCAGGCUUUAUUUGAAGUUAUGAAAUAUUUUUGUUUUAAACAUAAAAAUGAUGAAUUAAAUGUACAUUCGGAGUUUAUAAUUAGCAUCGAAAAUCUUUUUGAUUUGAAAAAAUUUACUGAAGAAAUGUGGGCUACUUUAAAUGAGUUAGUGGCCAUUCACAAUCUGAAAUUUAUAGAAUAUCAAUCCACGUGCGAAAAAAUGCAAACAGUGCCUUUAGAUAGUGUUAAUUUAGCAACUUCUGUUCACCACAAAUUGCCUUAUUUGGAGUUUUUGUUCAAGAAGGGCGACGUGAUUGAUAAGUCCAUUAGAGAAUACUUUAGUGUUAUCGGUGCGUUCCCUGAAUACAAUCAUUAUGAUAAAAACUUUGAGAAAUAUUUCUUAUUGUUCGUUAUAAACAAUAUGACUCAUAACGACACUAUAUACUUUAACUACAUCGUAAUUUGUGAGAUCAAUAGGUGGAAUAAUGCCUACAAAGACGAUCAGUUAUCAUUUUAUGAUUUUCCAGUAUUACUUUAUACUUUUAACCAUAUUAUUACAAAUUAUGGUCUGUCGGUGUAUCCCACCGUAUUUCGUGCGUUCCGCAAUAAAAUUUUUACCACAGAAGAAAAUAUUUACAGAAAUGAAUAUAUGCAAAUUUAUUGGGAACGUUAUGAUGCGGUAGCAAAAUGGACUGACAUUCACUGGUUUUUAAAAUACGAACCUGCCACUAUUAUGACAAAUUUUGAGAUAAUUUUUAAAAUGUUCACAAAAAAAUCAAAUUUGCACUUCUGGAGACAGAUUAAAAAAUUUACUCACUUGGACUUUGAUCAGGAAUCAAUUCAGUUAAGUUUAGCAAUGCUGAAUGAUGAGAAAAGCAUUGAAAUGAAACCAAAUUUUGUACCUUCGUUGUCUGUUUUAAUGAAACCUGGAGAUUACGUGGCAUUAGCAGAUUCAUAUAAACCUGAGAACAAGAAACUAGACCUACAAAACGAACAGGAAAUCAGGCGAUAUAAAUUACAAUGUGCUAUAGCCAUGCAUUUCAAAAACACAAAAAGCUACGAGGUGCUUCCUUCAUUGCUGAACUACUGUGCUGGUGAUUAUUUUAAAUAUGCCAUGAGAUCGCUUUACAGUUUGCUGUAUCGAACACCAGAAAACGAACUUCCUCAGUAUUUGAAUUACUUAGCGAAUAAAGCCGUAUCAGUACGAAAGCAUGCUUUAUACAUGACAUGUGAACUAACUACUUCGUCGAAAGUUGAACAUAUGCUUAGAUUGUUAAGUAAGCAAGAAGAAGUACAAUCGCUUCAGAAGUAUAUGUUUUUAAGCACAAUCCAAUAUUUUGUAAAAAAUCCAAGCGAUUCAAUAUUCGAUUUAGUUAAACUGAAUAUGCUGUUUAUUACCCAAGCUGACGAAGAAUCGUUGAACGGCAUGAUCGAACAUUUGCGUAAGAUGCCUCAGAACUUUAAGGGCCAGUAUGUCCUAUGCGCAUGGAACCAUCUAGAAAAAACCGUGACUGUGUGGCAAAAAUUGCGACCCUUAAAAGAGAAACUUCUUGGCUGUGUGAAUUCAGAAAUAGCCAAGGAAAUUCCAUUAGAAGUUGGCAUGCAAAUUAUUCAACAGCACUUUAUGACAGAGAAGGAAAGCAGAUACCUGAACAAUAUACAUUCAUUUAUGUUCAUCUUUUUAAGUAGUCAGGAUGAAAAGAAAUUUAUUCUUGACAAAAUACUAUCCAUUGUCGACCAGUGUAACAGUAAAGAACAAACGUUUGCUUUUUUUCGUAGUUGGUAUCACCAAAUUAUGAAAUCAACUAUUAAAAAUUUACUAUACAUGGACAAGUUCGUGGAUUAUUUUGAAGAUAAAUGUUCACAAGUUGAAGAUUUCACCGAUUUAAUUAAAACAUAUUUCUUAUAUCGCAAACUGGAAAAAAGUGAGUGGACUGUUGAAGAAUUUUCAGAGAAACUUGUAUCGUACUACACAGAUGUAUUUUUACAAUGUGGAGCGCAUGUGAAUCGGUUUUUUGCAGAGGAAAUGGAUUUUAAUUUGUCAUUUUUUGCAAUAAAUGGUGUUACAAAAAAUGACUUUUACUUGAGUAUGCUGAGACGUAGUCCGACCCACCUCAUAGCAGGUAUGCUUAUUGAAGUAGUUAGUGAGCCAUCACCGUAUCUCUGCUCGAACCCGGCAACCAGCAAAACUUUCAAUGAGAUUUUACACAUUUUUAAAGCUGUAAAAGACCCAGGAUUACAAAUUUGUUUACAGUAUAAAAAUUUCAGUUGGUACCAAAGAUAUUCUAAAGAUAUGGAAACAGAUGAAGAUAGCUUAAAUACUGUCAAUAAUUCACAUUGCACGCGCCUGUUGCGCACCCCCCAAAACCGUCGAGGCCGGGGCGGACACCGCUGUAGAAGGGGUAGAAGGUAGCCACAUUGUAAAGUAGUUUUAAGUGGAUGAAUAGUUAGUAUUGUAGUGGUUAGGCAAUUGUAUGCAUACGUAAAUAUAUACGUGUCUCAAUAUAGAACAAAUACAGAGUCAUUUAUUUUAUAUAUAACCAUGGAGGUACCUAUAAAUGUAACUAGCAUUAGUUGUUGUACUUGUAUGUACUUAGUAUAAUCAUGGGUAUAAUACAAAAA